AUGUUGCAGCCCUUCAGGCGUGGAAUUUCUGGAAGGGAUUUCCGACAAAGAGCCUUGACGAAGCUAACGUUUAUCAGCUCGCUGCUGGGACGUCCCAUACUUCAGAGUUUACAUGUAAAAGUUGGAGACAAAGCUGAACUAACCAAAGCUUUUACACAGAAUGAUGUUGUUACUUUUUCUUAUUUAACAGGUGACACAAACCCUUUACAUUUAAAUGAAGAUUUUGCAAAGAAAUCUAGGUUUGGGAGAACUAUUGUACAUGGAGUUCUGAUCAAUGGACUUAUUUCUGCAGUUCUGGGUACUAAAAUGCCCGGUCAAGGAUGCAUAUUUCUUUCUCAGGAGAUCCGAUUUCCAGCUCCUUUGUAUACUGGUGAAGAAGUCACAGCUGCAGCAGAAGUUAAACGACUGAAGGGUUCUAUUGCACACAUUUCAGUAUCAUGUAAAGUCAAUGAAAGUGGAAAGACUGUUAUGGAAGGGAUGGUGAAAGUCAUGGUGUCAGACAGCUGUUGAUCCUGUGCUACUUUAAAGGCCAGAAAUGUACACUUGGUUUUGACUCCGUCUUUUAUUGUGACAUGACUUAAUCCAGUAAAUUUGCAACAAAAAAACCUCCGAAAUGUUUCAAA